ACUUAUUCAUUCCGAAGGAUUCGGUGGCUGAUCUUUUUGCUUCUGGUAAACUCUAUUCAAAUUUCAUAGUCAUUAAUGCUUCAUUGAUUUUUACACUAAGGGAUGGAAGUGCAGAUUUAGCUGCAGACAGAGCGAGAAAUACAUGUACAGUAUUGGUUUUAAGCGCUCAGAAAUACGAAAUUUGUUCAUUUGUGUAGUCAAAGGGAAAGAAAAGAAGACAGCUUGUAGGAGUAUAAUUUCAUGGCCUCAACAGAGAAGGGAAAGUAUAGCUCACUUGAAAUGCAGCCAACAAACCCAACAGAACAGAGAGCACCUACGCCAUCGUUGAACAACGACAAUGAAGAUGAUUUAGAAGAUGAUUUUGAUCGACAGUUUUGGGUGGAGGUGCGGAGCAUUUUUAAUGCAGAGGAAGGUAUUUCCUGGUCGAAGGCUAUGGACAAGGUACGGGUAAAAAGACUUGUUGACAAAUACAAGGCUAAUGGCUCAAAACCUGCAGAAGACCCUUUGCUUUUGCUCAUGAAACAAUGGCCACAAGCAAAGAAAUUCCAAGGAAAGGCUGAACUUGUUGAACCACAGAUUCAUAGGUUUGCUGAAAUCCUUCUUGAAGACAAAGAUGACAUGAACAAAGACAACAGAUACGAGGCAUUCAGAGACCAAACAGAAGAAGAUGAAAAGACCCUGCUUCACUAUGUGGCAGAACAGAAUUUUUACCAUAUUGCUCGCACUCUCAUUAGGUUCUGCCCUGGUCUUCUUGCACUUAAAACUGAAGCUGUUUUAACACCGGUGAAGAAGAGAGCAUUGUUACCUGUGGAGGUUGCCCUGAAUAAAAACAAUGAUGAAGUAGCAGCGGUUAUGCUGAGGCAUAUGAGCCAUGAAAGGGUUCAAGAUAUGUUUUCAUGGAGACCAGAUCCAGAGCUCCAGUCACCAAGACCUUCUCAAAUCAGUUUCCAACAGAUCUUGAAAAAUCCUAAAAUGAAGAAAGCAUCAGUGGCCAUUCUUGACUGUAUGGUCAACCCACACUGGCCUUACCUCCCAGAUAAAAAGAGUGAGUACUUAACAACCGAAGAAGAAGAAGUCAUAGAAGGAGCUUGGGCCACUGUUCCUGAAGAUCCUUUGGAGUAUCAUUUCUAUUUCCAUGUGUUAGAAUGUGAUGAUGGAGGAAGACCCCCAAAAAUAAAAGACUCAGCCACAAACAAGUCCAUAAAAAAUCCUUUCUACAACAAGAAAUCUCCAUCUUGCUUGAGCAUUAUUGCCAACAGUGAUAAUAUAGAUGCAGUUCGACAUCCUGUGGUCCGAAUGCUUAUCCAAUCAAAAUGGCAAGCCUAUGGAAAGAGACUGUUAAGCAUUCAAGCAAUUAUCUACAUGAUUUUUCUCCUUGUGCUCUCAUUUGCUCUCAUUCAUGGCUCUACACGAAAGAACCCUAAUGAAUACUCAGAAGGUGCUGAUAUGUUUAGGGCUGUUUGUGAACUUAUCAUGCUCUUGAUGCUUUUCUUCUACAUCUUUGAAGAGAUCAACCAAAUUGCAAGGGAACAGGACACCUACAUGAAAGACAAGUACAAUGUGCUUGACUGGCUUGGUAUGCUGUUAAUACUAGUUAUUAUCCCUUUACGUGCUAUUAACCAUGACUCUCAGUGGAGUGUGGCUUCCAUCGGUUAUCUCAUCAACUGUUUCAGAAUUUUCAAGUUUUCUUGCAUCACAAAAACAACUGGGCUGUACACAAAAACAUUAGCGCGUAUCAUCAAGAAUGAUCUUUCCCGUUUCUUUGUUACAUUUGCGGUCAUCUUCUUUUCAUUCUGUGGUGCUCUGUUCCUCUCCUUGAGGGCUACACGUAGCCAGACCCUUCUUGGAGGCUUUGAACAAGUACUUUUGGGAGGAAUGAGAGUGUUGACUGAAUCACAACCAAUUGCUGAAGAAUACAAAGACUUCAAUUGGCUUUCUAUUGUUCUCCUACUUGUCUACAUGGGUACAGUUAUUGUUGUCCUUCUCAACAUCCUCAUCGCUCAGUUAAGCACUACCUAUGCUCAGGCUAAGAAUGUAGCCAAACUGGAAUACGAUGUGGAUCGUAUGCUCCUCUUGACACGAAUGGAAAACUAUCCCUUCCUGAAUCUACGAGUGAGACAUUACAAGCUAGGCGACUGGAUCAGUGAAUUGAGUCUUGCAAAAGAACUGUUGGAAUUCACCGAGGAGCGCCAUGCACUCGAGACAAUUGAACAAAAACUGACAUUACUACGCGACAUGAUGAGAAAGAUGAUCAAGACCAUGAAGCCCGUGGCAACCAAGGACAGAUAAAUACAGACACACACAGCUAUCAAUAUCCACCAGGACAACAAGGUUAAUCACUACAAAGAAAACCGAAAUCUAAAACUUCCGGUUGCAUGCGGGUGGGGUAUCAUUGGUGUUAGUUAUUGGUCCCCAAGUCUUCCCAGGGGACACCAAGAUCAAAAGAGUUAUUGUUAGUAGUGGCGGCACCCUACCUUCAUGUAAACAGAGUUUAUGACAUUAUGAUACUGGCAGACCCAGAACGAUUUCAAGUGGGUGGCUGUUACCUAGAAAGGCAUCACAUACUGUCCUUUUUAGCUUUUACAUUGUCCUUUAAUUUUAGUAUUUUUUUAAAUUUCAAAGGGGUUGCUAGUCAUUUUACCCCCCCCCCCCUCAUAUUCGCCCUCGUACCAGUGUCUAGCGCCAUUUCUUUACCCAUUAGGACUUUAACACUUGGUAGUCUAGGAUACUUCGUAACAGAAAUUUCUAUGCUCAUAUCGUUUUUAAUAUUUAAUCGCCUGGCAUAAUACAGGGUUUUACUAUAUGAUAAUAGAAUAUAAGUGAAUAAGUAAUUUAGACACAGCUGAAGCAUUUUAUCAGUGGCGGAUCCAGGGGGGGUCAAAGGGGUCCACGGAACCCCCCUUGAAGGUUUGUUAUUUUAGGUAAUAGAAAUAUGUCUUAUAUAAAUUUUAAUAAAAAAAUAGUAGUUUUGAUAUUUGAAUGAAAGCAGAACAACGACUCAAGCACGAGAGACUCCAAACGCUAUUAAUUUUGUUUUCAUUCCAGAAUAGUCCCCUUCACAGUUCCCUGCGCCAUCUUGAAAGGUAGCCGUGCCUUUGCAUUGAAGCGAGACGAACGGUUAGCUUCCAAUGAUAGAGACCCGUGAAUAAUUGCCCAAGGUGUUAAAAAAGGUCUCUAUCAUUGCAAGCUCACCGUUCGUCUCGCGUCGAUACGAAGCCACGGCUACCGGCUUUCAAGAUGGCGUAGGGAACUGUGAAGGGGACUAUUGACAAAGAAAAAUUGAGAUACAAGACGAAAACAACAACAUCUACAUUUUUUCGCUUUAUAAACUAAAAACAACAACGAAGUUACAAGUUACUAUAUUUUAAAAGCUGCUGCAGGAAAUAAUAAAGGUAAUAAAGUGAUAAAUUUGCUUUGAGAAAAACAACCUGACCUUCCAGGAUUUACUUGAUAUUAGUGAUAUUUUAUAUUAAAUCAAAUGCAUAUGUUUUGCCUCGC